GCCCAGCACUAACUAAUUAAUUUUCGUCGCACUAAAGGCAUUGUUUUGUUUAAAUUGUUAUUCCAUCGUAUUUAACUGCACAAUGUCUGACAACGAUGAUGAUUUCAUGUGCGACGAUGAUGAAGAUUACGGUUUGGAGUACUCCGAGGACAGCAACUCGGAGCCGGAUGUAGACCUAGAAAAUCAAUACUAUAACAGCAAAGCGCUUAAAGAAGAGGAGCCCAAAGCAGCACUGGCCAGUUUUCAAAAGGUGCUUGACUUGGAGAAUGGCGAGAAGGGCGAAUGGGGAUUUAAGGCGUUGAAGCAAAUGAUUAAAAUCAAUUUCAGACUGUGCAACUAUGAGGAAAUGAUGGUGCGUUAUAAGCAGUUGCUUACCUACAUCAAAAGUGCGGUCACCAGAAAUCACUCGGAGAAGAGCAUCAACUCUAUACUGGAUUACAUCUCCACCUCAAAGAAUAUGGCUUUGCUGCAAAACUUCUAUGAGACGACGUUGGAGGCACUGCGCGAUGCAAAAAACGAUCGUUUGUGGUUCAAGACCAACACCAAGCUGGGAAAAUUAUACUUCGACCGCAACGAUUUCACCAAACUGCAAAAGAUACUCAAGCAGCUACACUCAAGUUGCCAGACUGAUGACGGCGAAGAUGAUCUAAAAAAGGGCACCCAAUUGCUAGAGAUAUAUGCACUGGAGAUUCAAAUGUAUACUGUUCAAAAGAAUAACAAAAAACUGAAGGCGCUUUACGAACAAUCACUGCACAUCAAGUCUGCCAUACCGCAUCCACUAAUCAUGGGCGUAAUACGCGAGUGUGGCGGCAAAAUGCAUUUGCGCGAAGGCGAAUUUGAGAAGGCGCACACAGAUUUCUUUGAAGCAUUCAAGAAUUACGACGAGAGCGGAUCUCCCAGACGCACCACGUGUCUCAAAUAUUUGGUGUUGGCCAACAUGCUUAUGAAGUCGGGCAUUAAUCCGUUUGACUCACAGGAGGCGAAGCCAUACAAGAACGAUCCAGAGAUUUUGGCUAUGACCAACUUGGUUAACUCGUAUCAGAACAACGAUAUCAACGAAUUCGAAACCAUUUUACGUCAACACCGCAGCAAUAUAAUGGCCGAUCAGUUUAUACGGGAGCACAUUGAGGAUUUAUUGCGCAACAUACGGACCCAAGUGCUAAUCAAGCUAAUUCGUCCCUAUAAAAACAUAGCCAUACCAUUCAUUGCAAAUGCACUUAAUAUUGAGCCCGCCGAGGUUGAAAGUCUGCUUGUGUCCUGCAUAUUGGAUGAUACUAUUAAGGGAAGAAUUGAUCAGGUGAACCAGGUACUGCAGCUGGACAAGAUUAACAGCAGCGCAGCUCGCUACAACGCAUUGGAAAAAUGGUCGAAUCAAAUUCAAUCACUACAAUUUGCUGUCGUUCAGAAAAUGGCUUAAAUGAUUAAAUAUCCUAUGGAA